AACUUCCAAUAUCACAGUCCAUUUUGGGCGGGAAGGGUUACCCUCUUCCGUCUUCUCCAGUCCGAAGUCUGCGCCUUUACCGAGGGUCGCAUUGAAUUGGAAGAAAUCAAAGAAGAACGAAUCAAUAACACGAAUACCUCAAGUGAGAGGGAGAAAUGGAAUCGCCUCCGCAGCUGGGUUCAAGAGGGGCAGAAACACUUAAACAUAUAGCUCCUGGAUCAUCAAUUUCUGUUGCAUAUCACCCAUCUUUUGGACCUUAUGAUGACCUCCUCUUUCUAGAGCUUGAUGAGAAACUUCUCCCAGAUGUUCUGAAUGAAAGGGUGGUCUUGAGAGGACAGCCUGAUGAAGAUGCCGUUCUUUGUACUCUAUCCAAAACCUAUGCUAUGAAGUUUGUUGGAACUUCCAAUUCUGUUCUGCUUGUACCUCCAGCAAAUCAUUCGGAAUUUAGUGAAAAUCCACAAAAGAAUGAUAGUACUAAUGAUGAAGACAAAGUUGUUGUACCUGUACUCAAAGUUGUAUCUGGUAAUAUGGAGCUUAUUGAGACAGCCCCCAGACUUGAUAAGCUUAAAUUACUUCUGUCAGAAAAGCCUUACAAAUUGGAGGAGGAUGACAUGGGAAAUUUAGAAGAGAAUCAGGAAUCUAGAAUAGGACUAUAUAACUGGAAUUAUCUUGUAGACAAUAUUCAAGCUAGUGACAAGGAAUUAUUGUCGGGACUGCAGGCUCUUUCAGCGCUGGAGAUUAAUGGGUAUUGGAGACUAGUAGACGGGAGUUACAUGGACAUGAUUCUGGGAAUGCUUUUGAAAAAUGCAGUGUUGAAUGACUGGUCACUUAAUGCUUUAAAUGAAGAUGAAGUUGUGAGUAUACUGGAAUCAGAUGGAUUUCCUAGGGUGCUUGCAAGGCAUUGUUUGCACGUAUAUGGCAACAAAGUAAAUGAGUGCAUGCCUAGCUUUGUUUGGAAGUUGGAUGAGAAGCGAGUAUGCAUACAUUUUGCAAGAGAAAUCCUGAAAGGGGGUAAGAGAAAGUUAGAGAGUUUCAUGGAUGAAUGGAAGCAGAAGAUUCCAGACGGAAUGCAUCCCACUUUUGAUCUUGUGGAAGGAGAGGUAUUAACAGAGAGACUUGGAGUUGAGACAUGGGUUCGUGCCUUCAGUGUCGCGUCUUUGCCUUCCACUCCAGCCGAGCGUUUCUCCAUUCUUUUCAGAGAGAGGCCAAAAUGGGAAUGGAAAGAUCUGCAGCCCUAUAUCAGAGAUCUGAAGGUACCAGGUCUUUCUUCAGAAGGGUUGCUACUCAAAUACACUCGAAGGACACAACCAUCACCUGACACAGAACCAGUUUUCAGUGCAAGGUAGUAUGUACUUGUGUAUCUUCAACAGUACUUAUUUUCUUCUCCCUCACUUCAGAUUGGCAAUGUCUAGUACUUCUAUAUUAAAGUUUAUAAUUUCUUGUAUUUCCACUAUAUGUUUGUGUGUGUGUGUAAAAUCAAGAUUUGUUACAAUACUUUACUAUUUAAGACAUGCUUAGCAGAAAUAACUUGUGGUGAUAAGCUUUAUGUCU